UAAAACAAAAUGUAAAUAGAAAAGACAUAUUCAUCUAGAUCUAGAUCAAAACGUCAUCUACCAACGUAUACCAUCUGUUGUCCAAGCUACCGUAAACCAAGUUAUUCAUCAGAACAUCGUGAUGAGCCACUAACAUCAGUCCGUGUGUCCUAUCAUGGAGUGCCGAAUGAUCUGCCCGCCACAAGAAAGGGAACCAUCUUCUCCUGCGCCCUGCCUGCCAUGUUAUUCGUCCCAUUCAAUCCAGCCAUCCCAUUUUUCCCAUUCAUGCCAGCUAUCCCCUUCAUGCCAGCCAUCCUAUUCUUUCCAGCCAUCCCAUUCAUGUCAGCCAUCCCAUUCUUCCCAUUCCUGCCAGCUAUCCCAUUCUUGCCAGCCAUCCCAUUCUUGCCAGCCAUCCCAUUCCUGCCAGCCAUCCCAUUCCUGCCAGCCAUCCCAUUCUUGCCAGCCAUCCCAUUUUUCCCAUUCAUGCCAGCCAUCCCAUUCAUGGCAGCGAUCCCAUUCUUGCCAGCCAUCCCAUUCUAGCUAUUCCUGCCACCGAUCACUUUCCUGGCAGUCCUGCUCUUCGUGCUUUAGGCCGUGUACUCCAUGUCAGACCAAUUCGUGUCGGAUCAUCUUGCCCCCCGAACCGAAGCCGAGUGUUUUUGACGAUCUAAGACGUCAAAAUUUCUUUUGCUGCGUGGGCAAUGUCCUGACAUUCUUGGCAGCAUUUUUCUUUUUUCUGUCUAUAUUAGAAUAUCUCACAUGCCAUGAAAUAGGACCACACGCCAAAAAACAACCUGAUAUUUACGUCCAUGGAUCUAAAUUGGAACCGGAGAUAUUUCAUGAGCCAGAAAACCAUUAUUUUCCUAAUGAACCCGAACCAUAUCCUGAACCGGACCCUGAAUACGAGCAAGUGUCUGAUCCUGAGCCCGAAGAAGAAUCAGAGCUUGAACCUGAACCGGAGCCUGAGCCUGAACCAGAGUCUGAACCUGAACCAGAGCCUGUAACCGAGGUCGAUGAAGGGUCAUACGAGCCAGAACCUGAACCUGAGCCUGAGCCUGAACCGGAACCUGAACCAGAACCUGAGCCAGAACCUAUUCCAACGCACAGAGAGGACCCUAAGCAGGCCGCCGUGCCACCAGUUGAUGAAGAGUCAUAUGUGCCUGAACCUGAACCUGAGCCUGAGCCUGAACCUGAACCUGAACCUGAACCUGAACCUGAACCUGAGCUUGAACCUGAACCUGAACCUGAACCCGAACCCGAGCCUGAACCUGAACCUGAACCCGAGCCUGAGCCUGAACCCGAACCUGAACCCGAGCCUGAGCCUGAACCUGAACCAGAACCUGAACCAGAGCCAGAACCAGAACCUGAGCCAGAGCCAGAACCUGAACCUGAACCGGAACCGGAACCGGAACCUGAACCUGAACCGGAACCGGAACCUGAACCUGAACCCGAACCUGAACCAGAACCGGAACCAGAACCAGAACCUGAACCUGAACCUGAACCUGAGCCUGAACCUGAACCGGAACCGGAACCUGAACCUGAACCUGAACCUGAACCUGAACCUGAACCUGAACCUGAACCUGAACCUGAACCUGAACCUGAACCUGAACCUGAGCCUGAGCCUGAGCCUGAGCCUGAACCUGAACCUGAACCUGAACCUGAACCGGAACCUGAACCUGAACCUGAACCUGAACCUGAACCUGAACCUGAACCUGAACCUGAACCUGAACCUGAACCUGAACCUGAACCUGAACCUGAACCUGAACCUGAACCUGAACCUGAACCUGAACCUGAACCUGAACCUGAACCGGAACCGGAACCAGAACCUGAACCUGAACCUGAACCUGAACCUGAACCUGAACCUGAACCUGAACCUGAACCUGAACCUGAACCUGAACCUGAACCUGAACCUGAACCUGAACCUGAACCUGAACCUGAACCUGAACCUGAACCUGAACCUGAACCUGAACCUGAACCUGAACCUGAACCUGAACCCGAGCCGGAACCUGAGCCCGAGCCAUUGCCUCCGCCUAAGCCUAAGAUCCCGAAUCCCAAACCGAUUAUUCCUAAUACAACAAAACCGAGAAAACCGAGAAAAGCAAUAUGCUGGAGUGAGAAAUUUUACGGGGAAGGCAAACGUAAAACCAUGAACUGGUUCAUCUUCCUCUUCUUCGGCCGAUAUUGACCACAGUGUCAUGUGACAGGAGCCUUGAACGAAUGGUUACCUCGACAAACACACAUCUUUACACAGGUUGCAGGCAGAGUUUCU